UAAAUUUUUGAGAUAAUUAAAUCAUUCUUUUCUAAUCACACCCACGCUAAACCAGAUUUUAGUUUGAUGAAAUGACAUAGGGUUGUGUCAUACCUUUUUGAAAUUGUUAGAACCAUACCAUUCAGGGAAACUUAGUGAAAAAAAUCUUAAAACUAAUCUUUAAAAAAUAUUUGGGUUUAUACAGGGGUCAAAACGGUUCCCGAACUUUGGCGCCCCUCUGGUCGAUCGUGAGACCAACCCAAGGGGGGAAAACAACUGUUUUAUAUUUUGUUAAAUAAUAUAACUAGUUAUUAGUUGCCCCUUCUAGAUGGUCUAAAAAACAACCCGAGGGCACCAAAGUUCAUCACCUAUUUUAAGCCGUGUGUAUAUAAUCAUUAUUAAACUUUAUAAAUAAGUUUAUAAAGAACGAAUAAUAUAUUUUACUUUAAACAAAAUAUCAAAAAUCACUUUAUCAAUCUAGCCAAAUAUGUUUUCAUUGAAAAAAUAAAAUAAAAAAGCAUACAAAUAUUGCACAGUAGUUUUAUACUGAACAAUAGUUUUAUACUGAACAAUACAAAACAGACCGCAACUCAUCAUUACCACAUGCAUAACCAAACUUCUUAAUUCUGCAUAUUUUCAUUUUGUUUUAACUUUAAAAAUUGAAGUAUAAUAAACAACGCUUGUAAGUAAUGUUAAAUGGUAUUUAAUAAGGAACCUAUAUACUGUAAUAGUCAGCAUUUAUAUUUGUAUUAUAUUAUGUUAUAUUUGUAUAGUGUGUUUGAAACAUUUUUUAAAGAAUUAUUAUAUGGUAUAUAAAUCUUUAUAUUUUAGGUAUAAUAAAAAGUGUGUUUUCUCUGUGUUCUUAAAUUGUUUUAUUUUUCUAGAUAGAAUGAGUUUAUUUAAACCGACCUGUACUCAUGAGGAAAACAGGAGAAAAGUGUGUUUAUAUUGUGCCAAAAAAACAAAUAAACCUAACGAUAUUAAUGUACCGUGGAUUAAAAAUUUAGUGAAUUUUAAAUACAACAUUAAAAAUUCAUUCUAUCCUAAAGCUAUUUGCGAAUCUUGCAAAAGCAGUAUAAGAAGAGGAAAAGAGCCUGCAAAGGAAUUACCCACAAAUGUUCUUUAGCUGUACUUAAAUGUAAUGUAAUGCAAAAGCUUGCAAAUAAUGUCAAGACAAUUGAGCAAAUAGCUAAUUCUUUAAUAAAAGACAAAAUAGACAAAAAGGGUAAAGCGAUACUUGCUAUUGGUGGUAAAAAAGUAAGUUUUACACUUAAGAGAAACCAUGAUACUAGUAAUAUACAACAACUGUCUAUAAAAAGUAUGAUUGACAUACAAUCAACUUUAGAAUUAAGUAACACAAAAAUUUUAAAGCUAGCAAAAGAACUACGAUUCAAAGCACAAAACAGAAAAAUUGUACAAUCAGGGUUAGCAGCAGAGCUCAAACGUAUUGACCAGCAACUUGAUGAUUGCUUUGUUGAGGAUUUUGAACUUUUUAAUAUUAAAUCUGUAGAGGAAAAAAGUUUGUUUAAACUUAUCCCAUUUAUCAGAACAACAGAUGUCAAUGAGUUUCUGUGGCAAAUAAUAGAUAAAAAAGGAGCCUAUCCUCAAAACCAGUAUAUAAAAAUUUCCAUUGACGGAGGUCGGGGAUUUCUUAAGGUUUGCUUAAAUGUUGUAUCAAAUCCUAGUGAAACAAUUAAAAACAAAAGGAGAAAAUAUGGAGAAAUUAAAUCACCAAGUUUCAAGGAAGGAUCUGUGAAAGCAUCAUUUAUUAUAGCACUGGUACCAGAUGUACCAGAGACAAACCAUAAUGUUAAAAUUCUGCUUAACAAACUCUGUUUGGAUAAAAUAAACUUUACUUGUGUGGCAGAUAUCAAACUCUGUCAAGUCAUAUGUGGUAUGUCUUCGAGUUCCAUGGCAACUCAUCCGUGUUAUAUUUGUACAUGGAACAGAACAGAAGUUUUUAAAAAUGAUUGCACUGAGCUACGAACACUUGGGUCACUAAGAUUAAGCAGUAAAUUGUAUAAAUUGAGCGGAUCAAAGAAAAUUAGAGCAAAAGAGUAUUUUAACUGUAUUGAUGAAGUUCUUUUAAUUGGUGAUGAUAAUGAUCUAGUUGUUAAUCAUCUUUCUCCUCCAGAACUUCAUUUGAUGGAAGGGGCACCAAACCAUAUCUUUAAAACAAUAAACAAAUUAGCUGAUCCAGUACUAUUAAAAAAGAUCGAAAAUGACUUAAAUAUUUCUAAAUCAAUAAGAAAUGGGUCAUAUAAUGGUAAUGGUUGUCGAAAAAUAUUAAAAAAUUAGGUGAAGUACUAUAACUUGUUUCCAGUCCUAUUAAAACCAUUGGCUGAAGCGUUCAGGCUUCUGGAUAACCUUGUUCACUCUUGUUUUGGUGUAAAUUUAAGGCCAACAUUUGAAAAAGACAUCAGGUUAUUUAAGAAUCAUUAUUCAACCUUAGUGGAAGAUUAUGAAAUGACAGUUACUGUGAAGUUACACAUCAUAUUUCAACAUGUAGGUCCUUUUUGUAAAGAUAAGGACAUUGGAUUGGGUUUUUUUAGUGAACAAGCAGGGGAAGCUCUUCACUACUCAUUUCUAAAGGAAGCAUGGGAACGUUUCAAAGUGUCUGAUAACCAUCAAAAGUAUGCAAAGUAUUUGAAUAAAGCAGUAGUUAGUUUCAAUGGAAAACAUUUUUCCCUUUUAAUUUUAAGAAAAAAGUACUCGGCAUUGGCGCCCCUCAGACUGUUUUUAAGACCCAUCUGAGGGGGACAUAUAACGACUAGUCAUAUUUUCUGACAAAAUGUACAACAAUUGCAUGCACCCCUGUGGUGGGUCUUGAUUUCAGUUAGAGGGGCGCCUAAGUCCGGGACCCUAUAUGACCCCUGUAUAAACCCAAAUAUUUUUUAAAGAUUAGUUUUAUGAUUUUUUUCACUAACUUUCCCUGAAUGGUUCUAACAAUUUCAAAAAGGUAUGACACAACCCUAUGUCAUUUCAUCAAACUAAAAUCUGGUUCAGCGUGGGUGUGUAAUCAUAGUAUCUAAGUCAUCCUCAAAGGUCAAUACUCUUCUUCAUUUCCAGUAACUUCUGGCAUACCACAAGGUUUUAUCCUUGGUUCUAUAUUAUUUAUCAUCUUUAUUCAUAAAUAUAUCCUGACAUUGUUACAUCUAAAGUGGCUUUAUUUGCUAAUGACAUAACUAUAUAUUCCUGUCUUGACGAAAAAACCAUCACUUUUUGAUUGCUUAGUACAGGUAGUCAAUUUUAAUCUGAUUUCUUUUCUGUUACAGCUUGGCGCUUGAAAUGACUUGUGAGUUUUAAGUCCAAUAAAACUCAGUUAUUUUUAAACUCAGUUGUUUAAACAGUUGUUGCAAUACCGUUGAUAUUCCAAUAUAUGUGAAUGACAGUUCUCUGAAACAUCUAUUUUAUGCCUUCUCUGAUGAUCAUUCACUACUGACCUUUCAUGUAAGCUAUAUAUACAAUCCAUUGCAAAGUUAGUCAUUCCAGUUCCAUUCUCUACCUUUCUACAAAUCUCUUAUUGGUCCUAGCAUAGUAUACUGUUGUCUAUAAGGUUGCAUCCCAUUCUCUUUUUUACAAAAACAGUCAUGGUUGCUGCUUAAAUAAACUAUCAUCAUUGAUUGAUAGAACAAGAUUCCAUCAACCAAAACUCAUUUUUUGCUAGACUCAUCAUUCAGCAAAGUUGCAUCCUGUAUUUGCCCAUCAUGGUCUAAAAGCCAUGUGAAGGGAACUUACCAAGUAGAAAGGAAACUGAUGUAAAAUCCUUAAUUAUAGGUAUGUUUGGAAGAAACUUGUAAAUCCUAAAAAGUAAUUGUUUUAGUGAAACCAGAGAAUUAAAAAUACUCAGUCUUGAUCUGCAAAACAGGUAAGUGCCAGAAAGAACCUCCAGCUAUAAAAAGUUGCAUAAGCUCUUUUAUAAUGCCAUAUUUAAAUAAGAACACAGAGUUAUGAAUACUUGUUUAAAUCACGCAAAUAUGGAACUAUGAACAGUAAACAUUAAAAAAGAAAAAAGUUACAUUUACUAAUUGUACAUACACUAAGUGGUUUUUUAUUUUCAAUUUUACAGCUAGGUUUACCUCAUAUUGAUAUAUAAGGUAAACCUAACUGUAAAGUGUCUAAUUAAGUGAUAUUAUGGAUUUUGUCAUAAGUAUUUUGUAGUCAAGCUGAAUCUUUAUUUAUUGCACUAUCAUCGCAGAAAGAAAACUCUAUAAAAUUUGGAAAACUUCUGAAAAAAGACAUGCUCUUGUAUUGCUUUGCUAAACAUUAAGCAAAACUAGCUGUAUACAAAACCUAAAUGUAUGAACAGAUAUUAGGUGAGAUGCUAGAUGUAGAAGUUCAGUUCUAAAUUGAGUGGUUAAGAAAAAAAAUAGAUAUCUCCUUAUUUUUGGUUGCUUUAAAGAGCUAGAUGGUAAAAAUACUUUUUAAAAAGUAGCUAAAUAAAGAGUUAAAUUGUUGUACAUAAAGUUAGUAGUUUAAUGUUGCUGAUAAAUUGUAGAAAACUAAAAUCAGCUUUUCAGAGGGCAAAUAUAAUGGUCAAUUUGCUGAUUUAGGGGAUGUAGGUGUUCAGAUUUUUGCAAUAAAGUUAUAUUAAAAUAAAAUAACUCAUAAAUAAUUGGAACAGAGAUUGAAUGGUAAAGAUUAUUUCAAAGAGGCAGUGACACUAAAAUCUGAAAAAAGAAGCUUGACCAAUGCAAAAUUGCUUAAUUGCGGUAGCAGUUAUUAUUGCCAUGUAUAGAAAUGUUACAACAGGAAUCAAAACAAAAGAUGAAUUUAAAACAAAAGUAAUUUUAAAGUGAAGAUGCACAUUAUUGUUUAAGAAGCUCUCUCUAGAAAGUUCAGUAUUGCUUAGCAACACAGCUGUUUGCAGAUGAUUUAAACUUGAUUGCAGAAACAAAGAAAAAUUUAUACUAUGAUUUCAGUUUUAGAAAGAUAAACAUUAAAAAAUUUGCGAGCAAGUAGAAAUUACUGGAAAGUGCUUAUGUGGAGUUAAAACAAAUACUAUUUUUUGUACAGUUUGUAAGCAAUAGUUUCACAAGAGUAUGUUAGUAAGUUUUGUUAUCUUGAAAAUACAGUUGGAUCAGCUGGUGGAUCAGGAAAAACUCUAAGGACAAGGUAUGUCUAGACCAAGUUUAUAGAUUUAUCUCCUCUUAAAAUAGCACGGCAUGCAUCUUUCAUGAUUAAAUGAUCAUGAAAUAUUAUGUUCAUGUAUAAGCAGGCAAUAAAUAAUGAUGAUGAUUAUUAUGAUGAUGAUAACAAUGAUGAUGAUGAUAUGAAAAAAAACAUUUAAUUUACUUAAAAAGCUACUAGUUUUGUUUAAUAUCUUCAUAUAAAAAUUGUUUUUUUUUUAAAAUCUUAUUUAAAUUUGCACUAUUUAUAAGUAACAAGUAUAUUUAUAUCAUUGAAACUUGUAACAUUAGUGUAUCAUUUUAAGAUUUAUUUAUUUACUAAACCAAAAAAGAAAUUAAAUUAACCAUAAUAGCAUACAUGUAUGAAAAGUGCAAGUUUUGUGUACAGUGUAUUUCCUACAAAAACUCAUAAUAUCAUUCUUUUUAAAUUUGGAUGGCGAUACCCCCGUCCUGGCAAAGUUUAGCUGAAAUAUUGUUGAAUAAAGGCAUUUUACCGCAAAAAAAACAACAAUAUUUGCUGUAUACAAGAAGAAAAAAAAAGGUCAACGUUGUUGAAAACAGUUUUUGAAUAGCCUCUGACACAUAUAUAUAUAUAUGUGUGUCAUCUUUAACAGUGUCUAUAAUAAUGUUACCCUUAUUAUAGACACUGUUAAAGAUUCUCCAGUAGUCUCUGGAGCUUAACUUUUGUGAUGAAAUACAAGAUUUUGUGACCUGAAAAUAGCUGGAUUUGGCAUUAGACAAAACCUUUUUACAAUGGUUUUGAGCAAUAUUAAACAAGUUUAGAGUUGCGAAGUAAUUAAGAUUAAAUUACUUAAAAAAUUCAUUGUAGAGGAUUAAAAAGUUAAAAUAAAAACAAUUUUUUGCCGCUUUA